UAAUUGCCCACCAGAGAAUCGGAGCCAGAAUCCAAUCGACACUCCCUUCUCCCUCGCGCGGCAAAUUUCUUCGCUUCUCGAGAACGAUCUCUCAUUUCCCUUUCACUCCCCUGCGUGGUUGCGUGACCGAGGAAGUUCCCCCAACGACUGAAGGGACAAAGACGAAGAGGAGAAUUUUCGAGCUACUAGUACUUGCUACUGGCUGCGACGCUUGCAACUUAGGGCUGUGACGCAGUCCCGAGGUGCACGAUUGGUGGACUCGGCGUUCCUCUAGUUUGCUCUGACUUGCGGACGACGCUCGAGAAUUGCGUGAGAUAGUUGGUUGGACCAGCUGCAAAACAACUGGGAUUGUGGAAAGACGGUCAUGCUGAAUGUUGCUUCCAUUCGGUGGAUCAGGUAUGAAUACCACGAUGGAUGACAUUAACUUGAUUCAGCAGGCACAAAGGCAUCACCUGGUGGUUAGGCAGCUUGGUGAAGAGAUUGAUCUGGAAAUUGGCCCUGGGGACGAUGACCCUUCAUUUGGUAACUCCACUCUAAUCGGCGGCCCGCCACGAGAACCUUCAUCGGAGGAGCCUGAUGACACUAAGCAGAUGGUGAUGGUUUCUCAACUUCCUAGUGAUGAUCAGGAUAUGUCGAGGACACAGCCUUCGAAAAGGAAGAAGAAGGUUGUAAAAAGAUGGAGAGAGGAAUGGGCUGAUACAUACAAGUGGGCAUAUGUUGAUGUAAAGGAGGGGACAGCUAGGAUAUUUUGCUCUGUCUGUAGAGAGUAUGGUCGGAAGCAUAGACGGAAUCCUUAUGGGAAUGAAGGUAGUCGAAAUAUGCAAAUGAGUGCACUUGAAGAACAUAACAACAGUCUACUACACAAGGAGGCUCUUCGGCUGCAGAUGGCCUCGAAGGAUAAGAUGGUUCCUGAUAAACCUGUUUAUGUGAAAGCUCUCAUGUCAAAAACUGCUGGAUCAAUUGUUGAUACUGCACUAAAAAGAGAUCCACAUGAGCUCGAAUUCAUACAAUCGGUUCAGGAGGCGGUGCACGCCUUGGAGAGAGUCAUUGCGAAAAAUGCCCACUACGUCAACAUCAUGGAGCGCUUGCUAGAACCUGAGAGAACAAUUAUCUUUCGAGUUCCAUGGGCAGAUGAUAGGGGCGAGACACAUGUCAAUCGAGGUUACAGGGUACAAUUUAAUCAGGCGCUUGGUCCCUGUAGGGGUGGUAUCCGUUUCCAUCCAUCAAUGAACUUGAGUAUAUGCAAGUUCCUUGGUUUUGAGCAGACUCUGAAAAAUGCCUUAUCACCAUACAAACUUGGAGGUGCAGCUGGUGGAAGUGAUUUUGAUCCGAAAGGAAAAAGUGAUAAUGAGAUCAUGAGCUUUUGCCAGAGUUUUAUGAAUGAGAUUUAUCGGUAUUUGGGUCCAGAUAAGGACCUCCCAUCGGAGGAAAUAGGUGUGGGAACUCGGGAAAUGGGAUUCCUCUUUGGACAGUAUCGACGCAUAGCUGGCCAUUUUCAGGGGAGUUUUACAGGGCCCAGGAUUUUCUGGUCGGGCUCUAGCCUCCGAACUGAAGCUACUGGCUAUGGCCUGGUUUUCUUUGCACAACUCAUACUGUCUGACAUGAAUAAAGAGCUGAAAGGACUGAGAUGUGCAGUAAGUGGUUCUGGAAAGAUUGCAUUGCAUGUUCUGGAGAAGCUUAUAGCUUAUGGUGCUGUUCCUAUCACUGUAUCUGAUUCAAAGGGGUAUUUGGUGGAUGAGGAUGGAUUCGACUAUCUGAAAAUAUCAUUUUUAAGAGAUAUCAAAUCUCAACAGAGAAGUCUGAGAGAUUAUUCGAAGACGUAUGCGAGAUCCAAAUACUUUGAUGAAGCAAAACCUUGGAAUGAAAGGUGUGAUAUUGCAUUCCCUUGUGCUUCUCAAAAUGAAAUUGAGCAGUCUGAUGCCUUUAAUUUGGUGAAUUCAGGUUGCCGUAUUUUAGUGGAAGGUUCUAACAUGCCUUGUACACCCGAAGCUGUUGAUGUGCUGAGAAAAGCUAAUGUUCUCAUUGCUCCUGCAAUGGCUGCUGGUGCUGGAGGGGUUGUUGCUGGAGAACUUGAACUGAAUCAUGAGUGUAAUCUGCUGCAGUGGUCCCCGGAGGACUUUGAAUCGAAAUUACAGGAAGCAAUGAAACAGAUAUAUCAAAGAGCCCUCAAAGCAGCAACUGAUUUCGGUUAUCAAAAGGACAAUCCAGAGGCAUUGGUACAUGGAGCUGUGAUCUCCGCCUUUCUGAUGAUUGCCCAAGCUAUGACUGAUCAAGGAUGUGUAUAGUGGAGACAACGAAUAACGUUGGGAGUUCAUCCUUGCUCCUCAGCAAUUAGCUCAUUCGUACCUGGACUGGACCUGCUUAUACUCUGGAUGACAUCGGUUCAGUGGCCCGAACCUGAUGGAACAUCUUGGCAUUCGUGUAAAGAGCAUCGAUCAUAAGUGUGUCGAGGGAGGCGGGGAUCAGUGGAAGUCGGUAGGAUCUCUUUGUAACAUAAGUGUAGUCUUAUACCCGAGACAUGGAAGAUAGAAUUCUGUCCAUAAUUUAAGAAGACAUGUUUACAUGAAUAGAUUUAGUCGUGAUACGAGAAAACGUCCCGAUUGAUUGCUCAAGUCAUCGUUGUUUGCUCCUAAAGAUGUGGGCACCGGGCAAAACUUGUGGGGAUUCAUCCUCUUAUGUGAAAUGCUGAAAAUUAAAGCGAUUAUUGUUAGGAUU